UUAUCGAUUAAGAUCGCCAAUAAUUUGUUUCGUGCGGAGAAUAUUCGAAGUGUAUAGCGGUAGUGUUUAAUUUAUCAAACUUAAAUCAUGGCCAAAUAAGUAUUGCUCUCGACGGAGGUCGUUGAAUACACUUUACUUUGUGAAAAUUAAUACGAGGAUUUACAUCGAAAAGAACGGAAGUAAAAACAAUGGCACCAAAAGGAAAGGAAGUGGGUUUCGUAUCGCGCCCUUUGCCGGCCUGGCUGCGCUUCUACCUGUAUGGAAUGCACGGACUUCUCGAUGAAAUCGUGUUCACUGCUCUUUUCGACUUUAUAUUCACGCCAGAAGGAAAUUCGUCUUUGAAAGGUUAUUCGACGAUCUUCUCGUUCUUUAUCUACGGCAGCUGCAGCUUCUUCGUAGAGCGCGUCUACGUGUUCUUACACCUUCGACACGGCAUCCGUUGGUACUUCCGGUUGCCGCUCUAUCUACUCAUCAUCUACACGUGGGAGUUCGCGUUCGGUCUCGUUCUCCGUCAGUUCGACGCGUGCUCUUGGGACUACAGCCACUACCCGCUCAACUUCAUGGGUCUUGUGACGCUGGUGUACGCGCCCGGAUGGACGCUGCUGUGCGUCUACCAGGAUAUCCUGUCGCACUUCCUGCUCUCACUGCGCGUCACCACGGAGGUGCAUAAGGAGGACUUGCUGCAUAAGCUAGACUGAGUGCCCUCACAUGAGUGUUGAUAACAGCGAUGAUGUCAUCAAACGUAACGGUGAUAAUAACAGAACCAAUGUAAACGUUAUAUUUUUUCCAUAUGUCGGUGACCUCACACUAGCCUUAAUAUCAAAGAUAACGCCAUCAGUGCGCGAGCACAUGUACAUACCGCUUAGUUUUUUUCUUAGUAACGCAACACGAUUUUUAAUUACAUCGAGGAUAUUUGUUGGAUCCGAUGGAUUAUCGAUUUUAAUUCACGAGUGAUCAUAGAAAAUAAUAUUUUCACGAGUGGCGCAGCUACGAGUGAAAAUAUAUAUUUUUUAUGAUCACGAGUGAAUUAAAAUCGAUAAUCCACCGAUUCCAACAAAUUUUCUUUUUAUUUAAUGCAUUUUUCACAGUUUAUAUACAUUGUUUAAGAGUUUAACUAAAUAAUUUUGCUGGGAUAAUGAUGCAUUUCGUCAAAAAAAUGACGUCAUUACACAGUAAACAGUGAAAAUUAUCGAUAAUUCUCACUGAUAAUUUUCACUGUUUGAAACAGUGAAAUUAUCAGUUUUAUUUCAUUGAUAUUUCUAUAUAAACCACCGGAAAGCAUUAAAUAAAAUUAGUACGUCACUGCAUACUUGCCAAACAAAAUGUAAACGCUAUUUUAACCGCAAGCGCUUUUUUAUUUGACGUUACUCAAUUGCCAAGCUGAAAAAUCGUGGUCGAUCUAGUUUGAGGGUAGCUUUUUGUUCCAUGUUCGAAUUCGAUCACACCAAGAUACUCAAUGGAAGUGAUUUUUAUAGUGAUAUUGAUCAUCGACGAUAUAGAGGAGCAUUAUUCUUGCAUAAUUUGCGCCAUUAAUCAACCAUUCCCAAUCACGAAAUAUAAGUGACCAACGAUUGUCCCGCUAGGAUUUUUUGAGUGACGUAAUAACUGUCUAAAUAGAAUAAUAACCGAACGCUUGUAACAUUUAAUGUUGAGUUUUCGUCAUAUAACAGCGAUCACGUUCCGUUAUUUGACAACCUUCUCGCAGAGUUUUGACGGGAACCAGCAUGGAUUGUAUGUGAGAGCAAGGAACGACAACUCUGCGUGGAGAUUGGUUGUUUGACUGUUAUAUAUACUCGAAACGCCAACAAAAAGUUACAUUGAGUUUUUUUAGCGUGUGCACCAGUACAUCUACUUGCUUGUAAGUGAAUCGCAACUUCUCGGUCUAUAUCGGAAAGUUAUCCUCGAGUGCCCAAUUUCGACGCAUACAAGCAGUUUGUUGAAGUUUUGUAGCUCAAUAUAGGCAUUUAUGUAAUUAAUUUUGUUAUUUCAUUACACAUUUACCUUUUAUUUACACAAAAUCCCUGUAAUCAGAACAAGAUUGUUUUAUGAAACACAUUUUAAAUGACACAAUUUAUAAUCCAGCCUUUGACAUCAUUGAGAUUAUCAACUAAGCAUUGAAUCAUUUUUUGGUAAAAAUGGAGAGAAGUAACUUCAAUGCCAAGUGUUGAAAGUUGGCAUGUAAGGAAUAAAAAGACUGCCUAGUUUUAUGAUUGACAUAAUUGAUUGACAGUAUGGAGCACUGUGUGGUUCGGACGUUCCUUGCUUUCCACGUGAGCUUAAACACGUGACCAAACCGGAAGUCGCUGUCAUCUUGUUUUACUGCGUUGAUGUGCUGGGCGUCUGAUUCUAGAGCAGUGCACGGGAGCUCACUUCUGUGUAUUCAGAAUCAGAUAUUAAGCUUCAAUCUGUGAAUCUGCAUGUUAAAUGGCUACAACUCUUAAUUUAUAAAAUAGACAUGGUAUUUGAAUACCAAUGUUAAACAGCACUAUGUUUUAUGGUAUUUAUUUUGUAAACAAAACUUGUGUUCACUAUGUUCACCAUGCAAUUAAAUGAGUCUGGUUUAAUUCAUACCAUUCCUACAGAAAUCCUUUACUUUUAUUGGGCACUAACUCGAUAAGUGAUAAUAAAUUUACAAGUAUUUCAACGCUUUUUUCUUCUUUGAACAUUUAUAAAGUACAUCUCUCUCUUUCUGUGUUAAUAGUGAGUGUAUCAGAGAAUAGUAACUUUGCAGUAUUUUUGUUUUGUCAAGAACUCGAGAAGAUCGAAGAGCAAUGAUGAUUUUUUCUGUAUUAUUAGUGAGGUAUGGCUGCAUUUUACUGCAAACGAGCAGUUUACUCGGUUAUAAUUUGUUGGUCUCAGUAAGACUAUAGUAAUUCUAAGUUGUCUCAAUAAUUUUGGUAGAAUAAAGAAUUGCAUGAAAUACAUAUCAAAUGAUGCCUGUAUAUUUAAUUUGUGUAAAUAUGGUAUGUGCAUCACACUUGGUAUUAAUUAUUUGAUUUGUUUUAAUUUUCAAGUUUGCACUUGGAUACACAUACCUGCAAUAAGAAUUAUGGUGUUUCUGUACAAUAAAUUACAUGAUAUUCAAUGAAAAUUUAUUGCACAUUUUCAAGUUCUUCAAAAUAUAAUAUUUUCACCAUUUGUAUUUACAAUAAAUUUUAUAUCAUCACUAUUUUUCAUUUUAAGUGUGAAUUUUUAUAAUCUGUUUGUUAUUUAAUUUUUGUGUUGUCAGACAUAUAUUGUGGUUGUUACUACCUAAUGCCACCCGAAGAAUUCAGAUUGUGCAGUGUAUUUAUAAGUUUCAUCUUUUAAUUAUAGAUAUAAGUUUUUUCAGCACCAUGCUAUUUUGAAUUGUUGUAGAAAUAGUACUGGUGGUGCAGUUUAGGACACAAUUCUUUAUAUAAGUUUAGAAUAGU